AUGAACCCAACUCCUGCCAAUAGUGGCAGUUUGGGCUUGAAUUCCAUUGUUUCGACACUUAUUCCAAAUCCCUCCUCCCGUCCAUCACCUACAACCAUCGUUUCUAAUAUUCAAAACUCCUCAUCGCCUGUCAAUUUUUUUGCUAAUCUACCUGGUGGGAUUUUCCCACCAACUGCUACUUCUAUCAACAAUAAUAAUAUAAAUUCAUCUGCAGCCAAUCAAGGGCAAUUAACAUCAUCACGCCUUAAAGUGGAGGAUGCACUCAAUUAUCUCGAUAAGGUGAAAAACCAAUUUGCGCUUCAACCGCAAGUAUACAAUCAAUUUCUGGAUAUUAUGAAAGAGUUUAAAUCACAAAGUAUUGAUACUCAAGAAGUUAUCAAUCGUGUCUCAACACUCUUUCAUGGUCAUCCAGAUUUGAUUGUUGGUUUUAACACCUUUUUACCACCUGGCUACAAAAUUGAAGUUAGCGAAGAACAUCAUGGUUAUAUACAAGUAACGCAUCCGUCAUCGCGAACUGAAUCAAUCGCUAUUGGAGGUGGCACAAAUACAACUUAUAAUUUAUCUAUAACAACACCAACGACAACAUACCGGCAGACAGCAAAUUUACUUAGUCAAGAUAAUGAUGAAACAGAUAUGUUACAUCAACCAUUAAAUAGUGCAACAUCACAAGCUGUCAAUGCACUAAUAUCAGCUGCUACUGCACCGCAAAUACCCUAUUUCGGUACUACAGGUGGUUUGAAUUUAUCAACAAAAACUAAUAAACAACAAAUAUCAAAUGUAAAUACCUCAACACAAGCAACCACCGCAACAGAAAAAAGUUCAAGUGGACAACCUGUAGAAUUUAAUCAUGCAAUAAAUUAUGUCAAUAAGAUUAAAAAUCGUUUUCAUCAAAGUCCAAACAUCUACAAAACAUUUCUUGAAAUACUUCACACAUACCAGAAACAACAAAAAGAUGCUAAAGAAGUUCCGGCAAAUAAUUUAGUCAAUAACAAUGGAUCAACGCUAUCAGGUGGAAGCAAUAAUCAAUCAACAUUACUAUCUGAAACUGAAGUGUAUGCUAAAGUUGCACAAUUAUUUACAAAUCAUGAAGAUCUUCUUGCUGAAUUCAGUCAAUUUUUACCUGAUGCUACACAGCAACCAACCGAACGUACUAUUUCCAUUUCUGACAUUCUAUCAUCAUCCGGUAGUGCAACUCCAUCAAUAUUUCCAACUCAAACAAAUUCCAUUUCAACAACAACAACAACAACAUUGCCCACACCUACAACUCCAAAUUCCAUUGUAACUAAUCCAACACCACGUUUAAUAAUCAAUAAUCCUGUUUCUUCAUCAAUAACCACAACAUCAACAUCAUCAUCACCAUCAUUUUUAACAAUAAACAACAAUUCAAAUUCAUCACCAUUAUCAUCUUUAGCUAUGUUAUCAUCAGCACCAUCAUUUACGGUAUUAACAUCAACAGCAAUAAAAGAAGAAGUUACACGUCCACCAUCACCAAAGCGAACAACAACAACUGCAGCAGCAGCAGCAAUAACGACUCCCACAACAACUACAACUGCUUCAACAAGUACAAAUAAUAUUUCUAGUAAACGUUCGGCAUCAACUUCAAAAUCACCAGCAACAACAGCGACAAAGAAAAAACGUUUAACACUGACUAAUAAUAUUCAAUCAAUAUCUCCAACUAUUCGGCCUACAAAUAUAGUUGAAAUAUCAACAACACAACACAGAAAAGCAUCCUCAAUCGAUGAUGUCACAUUCUUUGACAAAGUACAAAAAACAUUGCGUAGUCCAUUAGUAUUUGAUAACUUUCUCCGUUGUAUCUUACUGUAUACAAAACGAAUUAUAUCUCGUAAUGAACUGUUUGAGCUUAUACAAUCUUAUUUGAGUCAUGUACCUGAUCUAUUAAAAACAUUUCAAGAAAUAAUUAAUCAACGUGAACCGGCAGAUGUUAUUAUUCCAAAAAAUAUCUACGAUCAAAAUGAUACAGAUAGUAUGAUUAGCAUCGACUAUGGCUCAUGUUCUCAAUAUGGUACAAGUUAUCGUUCAGUGCCACGCUCUUAUAUUCCACCAGCGUGCAGUGGCCGUACAAAAUUAUGUAAAGAAGUUCUCAAUGAUCAUUGUGUGCUAUUUCCAACAUUUACAGAUGAAUCAUCAUCAGUGGCAUCGAAAAAAAGUGUUUUCGAAGAACAUAUGUAUAAAAUUGAAGAUGAACGAUUCGAACUUGAUAUUGUCAUGGAAGUUAAUUUAAGUGCAAUAAGAGCAUUAGAAAGUGUACAAUUACACAUGAGUUCAUUAACACCAGAUCAAUUAAAUCAUUAUCAACUUGAUGAUCAAUUAGGUGGACAAUCAACGGUAACACAAAAACAAGCUGUACAAAGAAUUUAUGGUGAUCGUGCGAAUGAAAUUAUUGAUGGAUUAAAAAGAAAUCCACGUGUUGCUGUGCCCAUUGUUCUUAAAAGAUUGAAAGCCAAGGAUGAAGAAUGGCGUGAGGCAAAGAAAAAUUUUGAGCGUUUUUGGAAAGAACAAAGUGAAAAAUAUUAUCUUAAAUCAUUAGAUUACAUGGGAAUAAAUUGUAAAAAUUCUGAUGCAAGAAUUAUUCGUAAUCGAUAUUUAUUAAGUGAAAUUGAAAAUAUCAAAGAUGAACGUGAUCAACAACCGUCAUCAAAUCCAAAUCAACCACAUUUAGCAUUUCGUUAUGAAGAUCUGUCUAUACUUGAUGAUGCUGCAUCAUUAAUUGUUUUUCUUGUUAAACGUCAAAUGACAUUUGCAAAGGAAGACAAACAAAAUAUUAAAAAAAUUAUGUAUCAAUUUCUACCAGACUUUUUAUUCACACCAAGAGGAGAACUUAGUGAUGAUGAAGAAGAUGACGAUGAAGAUGAAAGUAAACGUGAUAAAAAAUCUCGACCGGCUCGUCAUACUGACACAAAUCGACGGCGUAAUAAUGAAUCGUCAACUGCUAAACCUCGUCUACUUGCACAAGAAUAUCAAAAACCAGAUGAUAUGUUUCAUUUGUUUUUUGUAAAUGAUAACUAUUAUUAUUUCUUUCGUCUUCAUCAAUUAUUAUGUGAACGCUUAUUGAAAAUGUUUCAACAAUCAUUACGUUUAAUUGAACAAGAAAAUCGAGAAUUAACUGAAAAUAAUGCACAAUGCAAUCGACAACCAUCUGUUGCUGCGUUACUGCGUUUAGCAAAUAGACCAAAUGUUCCUGUUGAUGAUUAUUACCCAGUAUUUCUUGAUAUGGUGCGAAACUUACUCGAUGGAAAUAUGGAUAGUUCAUCAUAUGAAGAUUCAUUACGUGAAAUGUUUGGUAUUCAUGCCUAUAUUGCUUUUACAAUGGAUAAAAUGAUUCAUAAUUGUGUCCGACAACUUCACGUUAUUGUCACUGAUGAAUCAUCAGAUGCAAUAAUGCGUUUGUAUUCACGUACAAGUGGUACCGUAGGUCUUGUUGAUCAUCUUUAUUUAACAGCACAGCAAAAUUCAGAAGCUGCUUAUCAACGUGAAAUGGAACCGUACGCAGAUGGAAAUCGUUUAUUUCGUGUUUGUUCGUUUAAAAAUGAUCGUCGUGUAACAACGACAUUAAUUGUCAUUGAUUCUUCGGAUGAUGAAGACGAUGAAAGAAUUUCUGAAAAUUGGACACGCUACGUUGAAUCAUACAUACGUGAUAAUGAAAGCGAUCACAAUGAAGCAAUAACAGCACGUAUACGAUCUAAAUUACGAAAAAAUCCACGAUUUUUACUACGAAAUAUUAAAAAGCCAGUCGACAUGACCGAUCGAUCAUUAACAGAAGUAACAACAACUAAUAAUGACUAUUGUCGGCUUGAUACAAAAACACUUAAACGUAAGCCAUAUCAUCGUGCUGAUUUCUAUUUUUACAAACAAAACUCAUCACGUUCAACUAAACAAAAUCAUAAGCGAUUAUCUCUUAGACAAUAUAACCGUUUUGUAAAAUAUUACCAGGAUUGGUCAUGUAAAAAUAUAACAGAUAAUGAUACUGAUCCAUUCAAUAAUCUUUGGCUUAAAACUCAUCGAUCGAACAAUAAUAAUAAUAAUAAUAAUAAUGAACAAAAAAAUUUAGAUAUUCAAUCAAUAUUUUCAAAUAACGAUCUAACACAACCACCGUAUCGUCAUUAUCGACAAUAUCAAAUUCUUGAUAUAUAA